CAAAACACUCGUGUGGAAGCUGAACCAGUGUAAACAAUAACCAGCGUUUAGAUAGUCGUCCAGUAUAAUUCACCUGAGCACCUUCAGCAGCGAGAGCAUGGAAAGCGUCUUCCUCGAGCAAGGUUAAAUUCGCAUCGACCUCGGGACAAGGCGUACCUCCUGUCUGCUGCCAAAUCCUUAGUCUAACCUGUGACCUGCGAAGUAGACUUCUGCAAAGUUCCUGUGUGCAGGACCGGGAGAGUGGAGUAAUGGUGAUUAACGCGGUGCACUGGUUCAGGAAGGGCUUGAGGCUGCAUGAUAACCCCUCACUCCGGGACUGUGUCUCAGGGGCGGACACUUUGCGAUGUAUCUAUAUUCUUGACCCCUGGUUUGCAGGUUCAUCCAACGUGGGAAUCAAUAGAUGGAGGUUUUUAUUGCAGUGUCUGGAGGACCUGGAUGCCAGCCUUCGCAAACUCAACUCUCGCCUGUAUGUAAUUAGAGGCCAGCCCACUGAUGUCUUUCCCAGACUUUUUAAGGAUUGGAAGAUCACACAUCUGUCAUACGAGUGUGACUCUGAACCAUUUGGGAAGGAGCGGGAUGCAGCCGUCAAGAAGCUGGCCAAUGAGGCAAGGGUGGAAGUCACUGUUAGAAUCUCCCACACACUCUAUGAUCCAGAAAAGAUCAUCGAGAUGAAUGGUGGGCAGUCACCUCUCACUUACAAGCGCUUUCAGUCAAUAAUCAGUAGAAUGGAUGUUGUGGAAAAACCAUCAGAGACCAUUACUGCUGAAAUAUUAAGCAAGUGUAUCAUGCCUAUUGGUGAUGACCAUGACGAAAGGUUUGGUGUGCCCUCGCUGGAAGAGCUUGGCUUUGAGACAGAAGGUCUACCAUCUGCUGUGUGGCCAGGAGGAGAGACAGAGGCUCUCACUCGUCUAGAGAGACACUUGGAGAGAAAGGCAUGGGUGGCUAACUUUGAGCGUCCCAGAAUGAAUGCAAAUUCAUUACUGGCCAGCCCUACAGGUCUGAGCCCUUAUCUACGUUUCGGCUGCCUUUCCUGUAGACUCUUCUAUUUUAAACUCACAGACUUGUACAGAAAGGUAAAGAAAGAUAGUGUCCCUCCACUUUCACUCUAUGGCCAGCUGCUAUGGAGAGAGUUCUUCUACACAGCCGCCAAAAACCAGCCACGCUUUGACAAGAUGGAGGGCAACCCAAUCUGUGUGCAGAUCCCAUGGGACCGUAACCCAGAGGCAUUAGCAAAGUGGGCAGAGGGCAAGACAGGUUUUCCCUGGAUUGAUGCAGUCAUGACUCAGUUAAGGCAGGAGGGCUGGAUUCAUCACCUGGCGCGGCAUGCAGUUGCAUGCUUCCUCACCAGAGGAGACCUGUGGAUCAGCUGGGAGGAAGGUGUCAAGGUGUUUGAAGAGUUGUUGCUGGAUGCAGAUUGGAGCGUUAAUGCAGGCAGCUGGAUGUGGCUCUCCUGCAGCUCAUUUUUUCAGCAGUUCUUCCACUGCUACUGCCCAGUGGGUUUUGGUCGCCGAACUGAUCCCAAUGGAGACUAUAUACGACGGUAUUUGCCUAUAUUGAGGGGUUUUCCUGCCAAAUACAUUUAUGACCCCUGGAAUGCACCAGAAAGUGUACAGAAGCUUGCUAAAUGCAUCAUUGGGACACACUAUCCCAAGCCCAUGGUGAACCAUGCAGAGGCUAGCAGAAUAAACAUUGAGCGCAUGAAGCAGAUCUACCAGCAGCUGUCGUGCUACAGAGGCCUUGGGCUUCUGGCCUCUGUGCCCUCCAACAUGGGUAACAGUGAAGGUGCAGGAGCAAGUCUGAACUCUGUAGACAGCACACAAGCGAUCCAUACUGCAGGUGUUUUGGGAACCGGAGAAGUAAAACCUUGCAGCCAAGACACAGCACAAACACAGCGAGGCAGAGGAACAGCCACACUAAAGCGACAAAGUGAAGAACCUGAAUCAAGCAGGGGAUGCAAGAUUCAGAAGCAACAGUAACAGGCCAUGUUCAGAGUAACAAAAGUAUACACUCUCAGUGAGAAAAUCUAACAUCUCUUCUCAAGCUGCCUGCAGGGUGUCAUCCAAAUGGUAGUAAUUAGGGCCUUAUAGAUAUAACUUAUUUGCUCGUAUAACUUUUACUAUACGUGCCCUGGAUAUUAGACUGUAAUGCUUACAUAUUUUAUUAUAAAUCUAGUUCAUAACAUGUACAUAUUUAGAUUAUAUUAUGUGCAUUUGAAAAUACUGUAUGUAUAAUAUUUAAAUGUUUUGUACAACAUGUAAAAAAUGUUUGUUUACUGAUUUUUAUAUAUAGUGUCCAUGCACAAGCCUCCUUUUCUGUAUUUCAGCUCAGUGUGGAAAUAUACUCAUGGACAAUACAGACAUUGUAUAUGUACAUUUCUUACAAAAUUAGUUUGAGUUGAAUAAAUACAAAAUAAUUCAAAAUUAAAGUGUCCAACAAAACCAGGAAAAUAAAAAUUCAGGCAAUGUUAAUAAUGACAUAAAGGCAACUUUGACCCACGAUACGUCCUCAUUACACAUCCAGCAAGUCCAACUGCAGCCAAAUGUUGUUGAUUAGUCUGACUUAUCGUGUGUAAUCCUGGAAUACCAGCAGCAGUGUCAGCAUUUUCUGAACGAUUUCUCAAAUGACGCUAUUGUCUUAGUGUUGUCACUCUUGGACUUCCAGACCUAGGGCGAUCAGCAGCAGAACCAGUUGUUUGGAAUCUGUUCUAUAGGCUGUACAUUCCAGGCAACUUCAAACCGCCUGACGAUUUAUACAUGCAUUGUACCAAGUUGAAGGCUUCCUAUGGCCUACUUUCCAAAGACAAAAUGCACCAUCAGAAUGUUUUUCUUACUUUUAAGUUAGACAUAAUCACAUGGCAAAUUGCAUGCUCUACUGAGCAUGACAGUAAUUGUACCAUUUCUGUGUUCUUAAGUAAAAAAAAAAAAAAACCAUAAUUGUGAAUUUGAUUUUUUGGGGGGUUUUCGUUGAAUUUUUUUUUUAUAACUUUAAUAGCGCAGAGUUUUUGUCCAUGAGUAUAUUUGCAUAGUAUAAAAACCAUGCAUUUUCUUUUGUAUUAGUGUAUCUGUGCCAUAAUGAUGUACAUUGCAGACACUUGGAAUAUAAUUUUUCAUAUGUCAUAAAUACAUAGCCAUGAUUGCAUUUAUAUAAUAAUAAUAACAAUAAUAAUCUAGCAGAAAAAAUACCCCACUGCUUAUUUUCUUGUAAAUGGUUAAUGAAGUUUAUUUUUGAAUGAAGUGUGUGACCCAGUUCUAGUUUGUUUUUGUACAAUUACUGGGACAGUAUAGUCUGCGAUAUUAAUAUGCAUGUACAGUACUAAUUAUUUAACGUACUGCCAGACUUAUAUUUUUAUAAGGACAAUACCUCUGUUUUAAGUUUCUAUGCCCUUUUAUUAAUUGGCAUUAAAUCAUAAGUUUGCAUUGUAACAGUUCACUGGUAAUUGCGGUAAUGUAGAUUGAUGUGCCUAGGCUGAUUUUUAGUAGCCAAAGAGUAUUUUUAUCUACCAGUGCACCUAAUCCUCACCAACAAUCAAGGACAUUUGUCAGCAUGCUCAUUGUCCUAUACUGACCAGCUGACUGGCACUAGCGCCCAGCCACAGGCAGGUGUUUACUGAAACUGCUCUGUACUGUCCUAUUUAGGAGUUAUACAACUGUGUGAUAUGAAAGACAGAACUUGUUUAUACAGUGGAAGCUGCAUUCCACAGUGAAUGGUUUCUUUUUUUAACAAGAAAUUAUUUUUAUCAGUCAAACUGUAAUAACUGUAAAUAAUAUAAAGAGAAGAGAAACGAUAUUUCGAUUCCUCUGUAUGUCUGUGCAUAUGGUGGCAUUGACAGAUAAAAAAAAAAAAAACCUUGACCCUUCAAAUACUGACAUUUUGAA